AUGAAUGGAUCAUCAAGGUUCGAGUUUAAAAUUUUAUCAUCGAUUGAAAUCGUAUAAAUGAAGAGCAAAAUUGAUCGUUGACAUCAUUCGUGAGCCAUCAAUUGUAAGAGUCACUUUUGUAAAGAACAUCAGCAACUUCAAAAAUGAAGAUCUUCAUCGCCCUUUUCGCCGUUGCUCUGGCCGUUGUCGCCGCUGAGCCAUCGUACGUGACUUCGGUGCUUCCCCAAGCGGUUCCGGUUCCGGUGAGCACCUCGGUGUGGCCACCCUACGGAGUGUACGGAAAGGGACUGGCUCAGCGUUAUGCGCCGGUGGCCGGCUAUCCAGGCUAUUCUGCUGGAUUGUACGGAGGUCUGCCAGUCUACGAUAACGCUUGGGGAUACUCGGCACCGGUUGUGGGCGCUUACGGAAACGCCAAGCUGAUUGACAAUGGACUGUGGAACUACGGUGGAUACGGCUAUGGACACACCAACAAGUACUGGCUGUAAUUUUUGAGAAUAAAACGAGAAUAAAUUUACUUUCAG